ACAAAUAAAAAUCAUUUUCCAUCCUUUCUCAAAAGAAGCCCAUUGGAAAUGUAUUUAUCUCGAAGCAGAAUUUUGGAUUGAAACUGGAACCAUGUUCAGUGUUCACAUCAAUGGAUGGAGUUUCAAGAAAAGUUUAUAUCUGGUUGAUUGAUGCAUGCAACUUUAAAGAUAAUUUUGGAACAUAUAAUUAGAAGGUGAUCUUUGGCACAAUUCAACAAAGAUGGAAGAAGGGGGAUUAGGAAUAAAUAUUCCAGUGAACUGCAGGUAUCUUCAUUAGGCAAAGACAAACUUCAAGGAAAUAAUGGAUUUCCUAAACUUUACUGAACAAAACUAUACACUGGAACAAAAUGAUACAGAAUCAUUUAAAAAAGUAACUUCCAAGAUUCUAGUUUCUAUUACACUUUCUGUUCUGGCAGUAAUGACAACGGUUAUCAACUCUCUAGUGAUGACUGCAAUAAUUGUGACAAGGAAACUCCAUCACCCUGCGAACUAUUUAAUAUGCUCUUUGGCAGUGACUGAUUUCCUUGUGGCCAUCCUCGUCAUGCCUUUCAGCAUUGUCUAUAUUGUCAAAGAAACCUGGAUCAUGGGUGGGGUGAUGUGUGAUAUUUGGCUUAGUGUUGACAUCACCUGCUGCACUUGUUCUAUCCUGCACCUCUCGGCCAUUGCUUUAGAUCGCUACAGAGCAAUCACUGAUGCUGUGGAAUAUGCCAGGAAGCGAACACCUAAACAUGCUGGCUUUAUGAUUGCUAUUGUCUGGAUUAUUUCCAUCUUCAUUUCAAUGCCACCAUUGUUUUGGAGACAUCAAGCAACCAGCAAAGAUGAUGAAUGCAUCAUUAAGCAUGACCACAUUGCUUUCACUAUAUAUUCUACAUUUGGAGCAUUUUAUAUCCCACUAGCAUUAAUUCUGAUUCUUUACUACAAAAUAUACAAAGCAGCCAAGACUUUUCAUAGAAGGAGUAUGAGUCGGGUUCUUAAAGAGGAGGCCAAUGGGCAAGACCUCUUGGAAGCAAAUGAGAAAAGCUGCCGGCUUUCUUCAACUGCAUCAUGUACAAAAGAUAAAAGGUCCAACCCUUCGGGAGAUUCGGAGAGAAUUCGAUUUUCACUGAGAAGCCCUGAUUCAGAAUCUAAGAAUGAAAAAGGGUGGAAAAGGCAACGCAUUUCUACCACAAGAGAACGGAAAGCAGCAACUACCCUUGGUUUGAUUUUGGGUGCUUUUGUGAUUUGCUGGCUGCCUUUCUUUGUAAAAGAGGUGGUUGUCAAUACCUGUGAAAGAUGUCAAAUUUCAGAAGAAAUGUCUAAUUUUCUGACAUGGUUGGGCUAUAUCAAUUCUCUGGUUAACCCGCUGAUUUACACAAUCUUUAAUGAAGAUUUUAAGAAAGCAUUCCAGAAACUUAUUCAGUGCAGGACCUCUCUCUAAAAAAAAAGAGAGAGCUUUUAGUCAUUGGUUGAUUUAAAUCUGAUUUUUGAGGGGGGAGGGAAUUUGAAAAUCAAAUUCACAGAUCUACCCUUGAUGGAACUUUGCCUAUUGCACUUGAGAAUUUACCAAAUCAAAGGGUAAAAUGAGGUUCCAGAAGCUUUUGUAGGAGUUGUAUAUUACAUGUGAUUCAUAGUCCUGAUUUUAUGCCAUAAUUUAGCACUACAGCAGUAUUUGAAACAUAUAUAUAACGUACAACAACUUAGCCUCAAGUCUUUCCAGAAAGCUUCCCAGAAAUUUAAAUCAAGCUGGAUUGAUUAAGUUCUAGUGCCAGAAAUUGGAUGAGAAUCCACACAUAUACAACAAAUUCAGUUCAAUUAUUUGUGGAGUAGCUCUAAUUGUUUACAUAUUUAACUUAUAACAACGUACACUCUGUUUAAGAAAGAAGCCAAUUAUUAAAUAUCUGUUUUGUAUCAUUAAUACAGUAUAUCAUAAUGAAUGUUUUUCACGUGUUAAAGUGUAUAUUGGGAAGAAAAGAAAUGACAAAAGUUGAUUCAAAUGAGUAAAUGGUUAUAAUUAUUGGGUACACAGAGAACUGUAUGAAUAUUUGUGAGAAUGGAAACAUUCAGCUCUUCAGUGAGUACAAGAGCACACAUCUGAUCAUGGAAGAUGCACCCCAAGGGGACAUGGUAAUCCGUUCUCUAGGAUCUUAUUUAAAACCAAGAAGAUACAGAAUUCUUUUUCAAUGUAACUAACAUAAAAUUACUCAGUAACCUAAGGAUUGCAAUACUAUUUAAAACUCCUAUAUGACAAAUUUAUUUUAUUUUUUAAUGGUGGAAUGACUUAAAUUAUAACAUAGGUAGAAAAUAUGGGAAAUAAUAGAUUUUUUAAAAAAAUUAACAGUUUGUCAAUAGCACUUCCUUGUGUGGUGGCACUGGAUAACAAAAGGUCACUUUCCUUAAGGAAGUGAAUUCUUUAAAUAUAUUCCUCAGCCUAGUCUAGCUCAGGGGGAGAUUAUGGAACACCACUUUAGAAUUUCACUGUCUUUCCCAAAGCCACGGCCAAUAGCCCUUUUAUCACAAGGCUUCAGCCAGUAAUAUCACCAGGGACAAGUCAUGCAAAGCUUAUCUGCUUUACCAAGGGCACUUUUCAUUUCAUCACAAAUGGUGCAAUAUUGUUUCCUGGGGCUUUGGUUGGCUUUCAGCUCUUAUUAAAAUAUAUGUAUCAGUAUUGUCUAUUCCUAUUACUACAUUUUCUGGGCAUAUGACAUGGUACCAAAUGGAGUGUGUGUGUGUGUGUGUUUCCUCUAUAUAUAUAAAAGUUAUCAUACAGUCAGUAAUUGCCAAAGCUAAGAAAAACAACUAAAGCAAUAAAUACAUAUUUUUGAAUGUUGAGAAUACUGUUUUAGUCAAGACAGUCAUGUGGUUUUAGCUGUGUUUUAAACUUAUGGCUUGAAAAUAUUGGAAGCUGUUCAUAGUCUUUCUGGAAUUAGGUGGCCUUAAUAAAUAAAUCAAUAAAGUCAGAACUGCAGAAUCAUGAGGAAAAAUUAAAUAGGUUACAAUAAGAUAAUGGCACAGUUAAAAAAACUUCGGAACACUGACAACUAAUAAUAGUUCAUCACAUAAAAUACACUAAGAAUGUUAAAUGAAUAAUUAUCUAGUAUAGUAAUUGGAAAAGUUGAAGUCAUUUUUUAAAAAAUCGCACAUUUUUGAGGAAGGUAUUUGCCUAAGUACUUUAGCUGAAACCUUACUUCAGCAUUCUGGAGACUGCAUUUAGCUUUGUCUAAAACACAGAUUCAAAAGACUACAAGAACAUUUGUGAGGAAGUCAUCUGAUUUGGCUCAUGAGCAAAUUAGACUUUAUAGAAUUUAUUUUAGCACUCUGAAAGGAAACCUAUAAAAUUACCCUAGUAAGCAAGUAUUUUUUCCCUAGUAAGAAGCACAUGGAUUGGUGACCAUGAUUCCCUACCUCAUAAUAACUUUUUUCUCAAGGUGAAUUGUUUAUUUGUUUUAUUUAUAUUAUUGUUGACAUUAUUUAGCUAUUAAUAGAAUCUGAAAUUUUGGUUCAAUCACUCAGCAUCAUUGCACUCACCUUCCUUUAACAACUAAAAUGGAAUGAGUGUUAAAAAGCAACAAUUGUCUUAGAUGUAGGAGAAAAGGGAUAUUUAGAGAUGGAAGACAAUAUUUAGAACUGAGCUACUCAUCCCUUCCCUAAUCAAUAAACCAGCUUUAAAGUCAGCCCACUUUUGUUUUUCCAAAUAGUUAGGUGUAGAAAAAUGCCAAUUACAGGUAAUCCUUGACCUAGUACCCAUUUACAAAAAACCUAAUAGAAUGACCCACUGUAGCAUCUGUUUGUUGAAAACUUUUAACAAGAGAAAUUUUGCAAAUUGCAAAGCAAUUCUAUUGUCCUAUUUUAAGGAUAUUUAUAUAUUACUUCUACCAACUCUAUUACCCUUAAUUUCUAUUUCUAUAAGCAACCUUCAUGAGGCUGAAUUUUUGUGAACUACUGUGUUUAGGAAGUCUCACUAGUUUAUCUCAAACAUUGUUAACCUGUGCUUCUUUCCUAGACUUAAUGCAUUUUAAUGCAUAUUCAGCCAGAAGUAAGGAUUACGGACCUGUUUGAUCUUUAUCCUUUACCUUCUUUACUUGCUUCAAUAUAUUUUGGCUAUAGCUCUUUGAUACUUCAUGCCUGGACUAAAACCAUCAAAUUCACUUCAAUCUGAUUUUCUCCUGUCUCCUUCUCUCCUUUCAUAGUUUACGUUUGGGUCACAUUUUUUGUUUAGGAAUAUGACACAUCCUUAACUAUGAGUCUGUAAAAUGCAUUGUUAU